AUGUUUGGCAGAACUGUUUACACAGGUUACUUGUAUCAGAUUAGUACACAAAAGAAGAAAAUAGAUGUUAUUGCUCCAAAACGCUUUGUACAAAGAGUGAAGAAAGAACAUGAACUUUUCUGUGGUUACAUGCAUCAGGAUGCACAUGAAUUUUUGAACUUUUUGUUAAACAAACUAUUUGAUAUACUAGAGAAAGAAACAAAAGGUACAAAAGAACAUUCAUCACCUCCUGAAAAGAUUCCCAAUGGCAUACAUGUCCCUUUGGCCAAUGGUGUAAGAAAGGAGACCUUGGUUACAUGGGUUCACAAAAACUUUCAGGGUAUACUCACAAACGAAACAAAGUGUUUAAGAUGUGAGACUGUAACUGCAAGAGAUGAGACACUCUUAGAUCUGAGCCUUGAUAUUGAGCAAAACAAUUCCAUUACAAGUUGCCUAAAGAACUUCAGUUCCACCGAGACUUUAAAUGCUGAGGAUAAGUUUUUCUGUGAUAAGUGCUGCAGUUUACAGGAAGCACAGAAGAGGAUGAAGAUCAAGAAACAGCCGCAUAUUUUAGUGAUACAUGUCGCAAAUAUGCCAAAUCUAAAAGGGUUCUUUUCCAUUAUAAUGGUCAUGGUGUACCUAAACCAACUACCAAUGAGUUAUACACGGUAUAUUCCAUUGCCUAUCAGCAACCUUGACUCAUGGCUCAAGACUCCGUCCAUAUAUGUUUUUGAUUGUUCUGCUGCAGGGAUGAUUGCCAAUGCCUUCAUAGAGGAUUGGACUCCCUCAAGUUCUUAUUUAGGAACUUCACCAAGAGACUGUAUUCUACUUGCAGCAUGUGAAGCACAUGAAAAAGUCAUGAACAGAAUACCUGGGAGACAAACUGAUCGUAAGAAACUUCUUGGUGAGUUGAACUGGAGAUCAUCUGCCUUUAUUGAUUAUUCACUUGAUUGUUCUCCUGUAUCUUAUCCAAUGUUACCUCCAAAUCAUCAACAGCAUAUGUGGGAUGCAUGGGAUAUGGCUGCUGAAAUUGCCUUUCACUUGAUUGUUCUCCUGUAUUUUAUUUUGGUUAUGGUUUGA